GCUCCAUCCUAGCUGUCUAGCCUAUCUUCCGGUUCUGCGCUCUUGCUCCUCACCUAAUCACUUACUCUUCUCUCCGGCGUCUCCGCGACUCCGCCCAAGGCCCCCGGGGCCACGUCCAGCCAUGGUCGGCCCCGAGAUGCUCGUGGCCGCGGCGGUGAACCAGGUCGCCCGGAAGAUCAACGAGGUCGUCGGCGUGGCGCAGGGCGAGGUGAAGCUGUGCUGCAGCUUCAGCGACGACCUCGAGAGCAUCAAGGACACCCUGGUGUACAUGGAAGGCCUGCUGAAGAACGCGGAGAACAACUCCUUCGGCAGCGAGAGGGCGAACCUGCGGCACUGGCUCGGCCAGAUCAAGUCCCUUGCUUACGACAUCGAAGACAUCGUUGAUGGGUACUACUCGUCCAAGGAGCAAUAUGAGGAAAGCAGCUAUGCGCAGAAGGGAUCAUUGCUCUGCUCUUUAUCCAAUCCGAUGCUAUCAAAAGCAAGCAUGGUUUAUAAGAUGAAAUUGAAGAGGGAGUUGUUACAGACAAGGCAACAUUUACCUAGCCAGUAUCAUUUCAUCUCACAUAUUAACUCAGUGGUAAAUUUUGAUGAAAAGCAGACAACAUCAUACAGAAAUAAUGAUAUCCAAAUUGUUGGGAGGGAUCAAGACUUGGAACAUCUUAUGGACAUGUUAAUGCAGAAAAAUGUGAGAGAGCUUACCAUUAUUUCUGUUGUUGGGACACUGGGUCUUGGAAAGACAAGCCUUGCCCAACUUAUUUUCAAUGAUACAAGAGCAGAGACUUUCAGAUUCAGGAUAUGGGUUCAUGUUUCCAUGGGCAAUAUCAACCUUGAAAAAAUUGGAAGAGAUAUAGUUUUGCAAACUACAGAAAGGAUUGAGGGAAGCGUGCAGAUGCAGUCAAUCAAGAAUGCUGUUCAAGACAUACUUAAUAGGUAUAGUUGCUUAAUAGUGUUGGAUAGCUUGUGGGGCAAAGAUGAAGAAGUCAAUGAGCUGAAGCAGAUGCUGCUUACAGGUAGAAAGACAGAAAGCAAGAUCAUAGUGACCACUCACAGCAGCAAAGUAGCUGAUCUGAUAUCCACUGUGCCACCAUACAAAUUGUCUGUUUUAUCAGAAAAUGAUUGUUCAAGUAUAUUCUCUCAAAGGGCAAUGACAGGUCACAGUGACCCACUUUUCAGGGAAUAUGGAGAAGAAAUUGUUAGGAGAUGUGAAGGCAUACCCUUGGUAGCCAACUUUCUUGGAUCUGUGGUGAAUGCUCAAAGGCAGAGGCGUGAGAUAUGGAAAGCUGCAAAGGAUAAAGACAUGUGGAAGAUAGAGGAAGACUUCCCCCAAAAUAAAAUAUUGCCAUUAUUUCCAUCUUUCAAGAUAAUAUACUACAGUAUGCCCCAUGAGCUAAGAUUAUGCUUUGUAUAUUGUUCAAUCUUCCCUAAAGGAUAUGUCAUUGAUAAGAAAAAACUUAUUCAGCAAUGGAUUGCACUUGACAUGAUUGAAUCCAAACAUGGAACCUUGCCGCUUGAUGUUACUGCUGAGAAAUACAUUGAUGAACUUAAAGAUAUUUAUUUUCUUCAAGUUCUGGAGAGGACUCAGAUUAAUGCAGAAAUAUCCAAUAAUUCAGAUGAAAUGCUCUGCAUGAAUAAUUUCGCACACGAUCUUGCUAGGUCAGUUGCUGGUGAAGAUAUUCUUGUGAUUUUAGAUGCUGAGAAUGAACGUUGCAAUAGAAAUUAUGAUUACCGUUAUGCACAAGUGUCUGCUUCUAGCUUACAAUCAAUAGAUAGCAAGGCUUGGCCUUCCAAGGCAAGGUCACUAAUUUUCAAGACAAGCGGUGCAGAAUUGCAGCAUGUCAGCGAAGUUCUUUCAGUGAACAAAUAUUUGCGUGUUUUGGAUCUCAGUGGAUGUUCUGUUAAGGAGUUACCUGCUCCUGUUUUUCAGCUUAAACAACUGAGAUACCUUGAUGCUUCAACUUUAUCCAUUACAGAUCUGCCACCCCAAAUUAGUGGCUUCCAUAAGCUACUGACAUUGGAUCUGUCAGAAACUGAAGUAACGGAGCUACCAGCCUUCAUUGGGUACUUAAAGAGGCUGAAUUAUUUGAAUCUCCAAGGUUGCCAGAAACUUCAGCAAUUGAAUAACCUAGAUUUGCUGCAUGAGUUACAUUACUUAAACUUGUCAUGCUGUCCUGAAGUUAGAAGGUUUCCUGCAUCACUGGAAAAUCUCAGGAAGCUUCGUUUUUUUAACCUUUCGAAAUGUUCUAAGCUUCCAACAUUACCUGAUGAGCUAUUGCAAUCAUUCUCUAGCUUUUCUUCCAUUGUGGAUUUAAACUUGAGUGGUUUUGAGUUCCGAAUGCUCCCGGACUUUUUUGGCAACAUUUGUUCACUUCAAUUUUUGAAUCUGUCGAAAUGCUCUAAACUUGAGCUACUACCCCAAUCAUUCGGUCAGCUUGCAUAUUUGAAAGGCCUUAACCUUUCAUUUUGCUCUGAUCUUAAACUCCCAGAAUGUUUCGAAUACCUUACUUCUCUUCAGUUUCUGGAUCUCUCACACUGCUCUAGUGUAGAAUAUUUGCCAUCUUCUUUUGACAAACUUAGUAAUUUGGAGUAUCUUAAUUUAUCCCAAUGUGUUGGACUCAAAGCAUUACCUAAGUCACUUUCAAACCGUAAAAAGCUGCAAGUUGAGGUUUUUGGGUGCCAGGAUUAUAUAGUGCAGUCCUGUUCUCUAAGCUCUGGAAGUUGCCAAUCCCAUCAAUGCUCGCAGCAAAUUGAGGAAGUUGGAACAAGUACUGCUAUUUCAGAUAUCACUCCUAAGGAGCCUGCAAACGGAGACAAGGCAGAAGGAAUAAGUGCAUCAGACGCUGAUGAAGUUGAUUAUCCACAAAAUAAUCUGAAGCAAAAAAUGGAAUUUGCUUAUCAUAUGGAUGAACAGAAAAGUGAAGAGCCUAAAUUUAUUAACAAGCCAAACUCAAAUGGAGAGAUAGUACAAGUAAUCCCUGGAAACCAGUUCUCAUCAUCUCCACCUCGUUUUUCUUCUGUUGCAUCAAGUUCAAGUGCAGCGUUUGCAUCUGGCUUUUCUUCAGAUGUCUCAGUAGCCGAUCAUCCAUUGUCCAAUGAUGAAACAGCAGGUUUGCAGCCCGACAAGAAAUUCAAGGAGCCUCAAGCGUUGGCAGAAGAUGACCGGAUUUCUGAACAACAAGCAUCGUCAUCACACAUGCUGGCGCAUCCACAUGAAGUAACUGCUGCCAAACGAAGCAAUGUCGACCAUAUUACUGAAUACAGUGGAGAAUAUCUCUUCAGUGUGCAGUGCAAUGGGUCGAACCAAGGGAUUGCGUGAUACAGCAAACCAAAUGAAAGACAUUUUGUCCUGGAUGGAGGUUAAUGCAGUACUCACACGAGAGAAGAGAGUUGUUGCUUUUGAUACCGAUAGUCAAGGAGGAGCAGUCCCAUCUUGUGUGUCGUUGUGAUUUGUGAAAGCAUGCGGCCUGCCAAAGGCCGAAGGGGCUGGGUGCUCUGUUUGCUGCCAGCAUAGGAGCCUCUGCUCUCGCUGCUGCUCACCUCAAUGAGUACUGCGACUCCCUGGUCAAAAGUUUUUUAAAAGAAAAUUGAUGUCCAUGGCAAUUGACAGGAGAGCUCGGGCUCUUGGACGUCUACUACUCUAUAUCAUGCUGAUGUAGUCAUUUUCUUUUCGCGUGUACGGAACAAUAUAUUUUUGUCAAGUACCAGCGGAGAUUUUGUUUCA